UAUGAAAAUGGAAACAAGACACCCUCAUCACUCGAUCUUCUGUUCUUCUCUGAUUCCGAUUUAUUAGAUCUCCGAGUCACUUGAUAAGUCUUUAGAAUCCUCGAAUUUAGUGACUUAGAAUCGUUCAUUUUGCUCACUGUUUUGUUUCUUCUGUAAUUAGUUUUAAUUUGUGAAAGGGAUGUUCUGAUUCGAGCAAGAGAAGAUCAAAAAUCGGCUUUGAUUAUUGUUUGAAUUGAAUAGAGGAUUUUGAAUUAUUGUUUUUGUAACAUUGUCUGAUAUGGCGGACGCUUUAUCUGCCAUUCCGGCGGCUGUUCUUCGAAAUCUUUCCGAUAAGUUAUACGAGAAACGGAAAAAUGCUGCGCUUGAGGUUGAAGGAAUUGUAAAGCAAUUGACAGUUGCUGGAGAUCAUGACAAAAUUACGGCCGUGAUUAAUCUGUUGACUCAUGAGUACACUUACUCACCGCAAGCAAAUCAUCGCAAGGGAGGGUUGAUUGGACUGGCUGCAGCUACUGUUGGGUUGAGCGCGGAAGCCGCUCAACAUCUUGAGCAAAUUGUACCGCCAGUGAUAAACUCUUUCUCUGAUCAAGAUAGCAGAGUUCGUUAUUAUGCGUGUGAAGCUUUAUACAACAUUGCGAAGGUUGUGAGAGGAGACUUCAUUGUGUUCUUUAACGAUAUAUUUGAUGCUCUAUGUAAGCUUUCAGCAGACUCAGAUCCCAAUGUACAAAGUGCAGCUCAUCUUUUAGAUAGACUUGUGAAGGACAUCGUGACUGAGAGUGAUCAAUUCAGCAUUGAAGAAUUUAUACCUCUGUUGAGAGAGCGUAUGAAUGUCUUGAAUCCUUAUGUCCGCCAGUUUUUGGUUGGAUGGAUCACGGUGUUGGACAGUGUUCCUGACAUAGAUAUGUUGGGGUUUCUUCCUGAUUUUCUUGAUGGUUUAUUUAAUAUGUUAAGUGAUUCCAGUCUUGAAAUUCGGCAGCAAGCUGACUCAGCACUUUCAGAGUUUCUUCAGGAGAUCAAAAACUCCCCUUCUGUAGAUUAUGGUCGCAUGGCAGAAAUACUUGUGCAGAGAGCAUCUUCCCCUGAUGAAUUCACUCGUUGGACUGCUAUCACCUGGAUAAAUGAGUUUGUAAAACUUGGUGGUGAUCAGCUGGUUCCUUAUUAUGCGGAUAUAUUGGGAGCUACCUUACCUUGCAUAGCCGAUAAAGAAGAAAAGAUACGAGUUGUAGCUCGUGAAACAAAUGAAGAGCUUCUUGCAAUCGAGGCUGAUCCUGCUGAAGGAUUUGAUGUCGGAGCAAUUCUCUCCAUCGUAAAGAGGCAGUUGUCUAGUGAAUAUGAGGCCACUCGGAUUGAAUCAUUGCACUGGAUUUCAACCCUUUUAAGUAGACAUCGUCCGGAGGUCCUGUCUUUUCUGAAUGAGAUUUUUGACACACUUCUUAAAGUACUGUCGGAUCCCUCUGAUGAGGUAGUGCUCCUGGUUCUGGAGGUGCAUGCAUGUAUAGCAGAGGACCAAUAUAACUUCCGUCAGCUUGUUGUUUUCUUAGUUCAUAAAUUCCGGACAGAUGACGCACUCCUCGAAAAGCGUGGUGCUUUGAUUAUCCGCCGGCUUUGUGUACUUCUAGAAGCUGAAAGAGUUUACCGGGAGCUCUCUACAAUUCUCGAAGGAGAAGCUGACCUGGAUUUUGCAUCUACCAUGGUUCAGGCUUUGAAUUUGAUUCUGCUCACUUCUUCCGAGCUGUCUGACCUACGUGAUCUUUUAAAGCUAUCACUAGUUGAUGCUGCUGGAAAAGAUUUCUUUCUUUCACUAUAUGCCUCGUGGAGCCAUUCGUCAAUGGCCAUAAUAAGUCUAUGUUUAUUGGCACAGGCUUAUCAUCACGCAAGUUGUGUCAUUCAAUCUCUAACAGAGGAGGAUAUUAAUGUCAGAUUCUUGGUUCAGCUGGACAAAUUGAUACACCUAUUGGAGACUCCAAUUUUUGCUUAUCUUAGGCUGCAGCUUCUUGAACCUGGAAGAUAUAUAUGGUUAUUAAAAGCCUUGUAUGGUCUUCUGAUGCUCCUUCCCCAGCAAAGUACGGCCUUUAAGAUCUUAAGGACUCGAUUGAAGACGGUGCCUGCAUAUUCCUUUGACAAGGAGCCACUCAAGCGUACAUCAUCGGCCAACCCUUCCAUACAUACCGGUUACAUGUCAACAGGGAUACAGUUGCCUGAGGAUGGUAACAUGAACGAUAUUUCUCGUAACAUGCAUAAUGGGAUAAACUUUGCUCCUUGGCUGCAACAUUUUAAACAGAUGCAGCAGCAGCAUCAUGUGCAUUAUAAAUCGCAAGCACGUUCACGCAACAGUUCCACAUCCUCAAAGGUCAAGGAUGUCCAAAAACUUGAAGAACUUAAAAGACCGGCUGUGCCAGAGAUGAGCAGGCCUCCUUCAAGAUUAUCCCGUAAAGCUACCGGACAAUUACAACUAUGAUGGAUGUUGAUCAAUCCGGUACGAAUUGGUAGAUUGUAUAUCAUAGUAUUCUUUUUUGUUCUAUCUUGAUUGAACCUGUGAACAUUGUCCUUCUAUUCUGUUGUUUCUUAUUUUCUUUCCAGAAUCAUGCUUGGAUUGGAUGCCACCAAGCUAUUCUUUACUCUGGACUAUUGCUCUUGUGGUUGUGUUAUUUUUGUUGAAAACCACAGGACCAGAGGGGUAGAUAUUUGAGUUAGAAUUUGCAGUUACUAUUCUUAUAAUAACAAACUCUUUUGUUACCA